AUGGUGUUGGGCCUGCCCGGGUCCCGGGCCACAGGGGCCUGCGCGCGCACCUGCCCCGCAAUCUGCAUCUGUAGCAGCUUGGAGCGUGGCUGCUCUGUGCGCUGCGACCACGCGGGCCUCCUGCGGGUGCCCUUGGAGUUCCCAUGCGAGGCCGCCUCCAUCGACCUGGACCGUAACAGCCUGCGCUUCCUUGGCGAGCGGGCCUUCGGCACACUGCCAUCACUGCGCCACCUGUCGCUGCGCCACAACAACCUGUCGUUCAUCACGCCAGGCGCCUUCAAGGGCCUGCCGCGGUUGGCUGAGCUGCGCCUGGCGCACAACGGCGACCUCCGCUACCUGCACGCACGCACCUUCGCCGCGCUCGGCCGCCUGCGCCACCUUGACCUGGCUGCCUGCCGCCUCUUCAGUGUACCCGAGCGCCUCCUGGCCGAGCUGCCCGCUCUGCGGGAGCUGGUUGCCUUCGACAACCUGUUCCACCGCGUGCCGGGCGCACUGCGCGGCCUGGCCAACCUGACGCACGCGCACUUGGAGCGAGGCCGCAUCGAAGCCGUGGCCACCAGCUCGCUGCAAGGCCUGUGGCGCCUGCGCUUGCUUAGCCUGCAGGCCAACCGCGUACGCACCGUGCACGCCGGCGCCUUCCGUGACUGCGGCGCCCUGGAGCACUUGCUGCUCAAUGACAACGUGCUGGCCAUGCUGCCCGCCGGCGCCUUCCGCGGCCUGCGCCACCUGCGCACGCUCAACCUGGGCGGCAACGCUCUGACCCACGUGGCGCACUCCUGGUUCGCUGACCUGGCAGAGCUUGAGCUGCUCUAUCUGGACCGCAACAGCAUCGCCUUCGUGGAGGAUGGCACCUUCCAGAACCUCUCGGGUCUUCUGACUCUGCACCUCAAUGGCAAUCGCCUGACCACGCUCACCUGGACCGCCUUCCAGCCCGGCUUCUUUCUGGGCCGGCUCUUUCUCUUUCGGAACCCGUGGCGCUGCGAUUGCCUUCUGGAGUGGUUGCGGGACUGGAUGGAGAGCACUGGGCACGUUACUGACGUGCCCUGUGCCUCCCCAGGUUCCGUAGUGGGCCUGGAGCUUAGCCAGGUGGGCUUUGGACGCUCCCCGGACGGCCUCUGUCUGGAUCCCAAUGAACUGAACCUCACUGCAUCUAGUCCAGGCCCGUCUCCAGCUCCAGUGGCCUCCACUGACAGCAGGUUCAGCAGCCUUCUCUCCAAGCUGCUGGCCCCAAGGACCUCAGUGGAGGAGGCGCUCAACACCACUGAGGUGCUGGCUAACGCCUCAUUGUCUCGCAGCCUUCCUUCCCACGGGGUGGGCCACUUGGGCCGAAAGACCACAGGUAUCCUCAGCUCUUGUCUCCUGCUCAAGAUGGCCCAGGACAUGAUGUUUGGUCUGCAUAUGAAUUGA